UACUUACUUAAUGUUUCAGUUAUCUUGUAGGUGAUGAACUUUGGGUAGUAAUGGAGUAUUUGGCCGGGGGAUCUUUGACGGAUGUCGUUACAGAAACCUGUAUGGACGAGGGGCAGAUAGCUGCCGUCUGUCGGGAGUGCCUGCAAGCCCUGGAUUUCUUGCAUUCAAACCAAGUGAUCCAUAGAGACAUCAAGAGCGACAACAUUCUUCUCGGGAUGGACGGAUCUGUCAAACUCACUGACUUUGGCUUCUGUGCUCAGAUCACCCCUGAGCAGAGUAAACGGAGCACAAUGGUGGGAACGCCUUACUGGAUGGCACCUGAGGUGGUAACGAGGAAAGCCUAUGGCCCCAAAGUGGACAUCUGGUCUUUAGGGAUCAUGGCGAUAGAAAUGGUGGAAGGAGAGCCUCCAUAUCUGAAUGAAAAUCCUCUCAGGGCCUUGUAUUUGAUAGCUACGAAUGGGACGCCGGAGCUCCAGAAUCCCGAGAGACUCUCGGCCGUUUUCCGAGACUUCCUGAACCGCUGUCUCGAGAUGGAUGUCGACAGGCGAGGCUCUGCCAAGGAGCUGUUGCAGCACCCGUUUUUAAAACUGGCGAAGCCGCUCUCCAGCCUGACUCCGUUGAUCAUCGCUGCAAAGGAGGCUAUAAAGAACAGCAGUCGCUAGCCCCCUGAGUAGCACAAGCCGGCUCCUUCGCGGCAGGACUGGACAGAGACUCUGCCGAAGCUCCGGCUUCUCUGCUGCAGGAUGGGCGGGCGAGCAAGCGGCGUGCCCCAGUCGAGGGGGAGGAAGGCCUCUCCCGGAAAACAGAAACCUUAUCACAUGUCUUCUUCCCACUUUCAGAUUCCUUAAUUUAUUUCUAAGGCAAGCAGGAGCCAGAGAGAGGCAGGACCACGAGCCUCUGGGCUCUUUCGGCCAUUUCCAGGGGAGCUGAUGGCGCCGCAUGAAUGCUCUGCGCGCUCACCGGGACAGGAGUGGGAACCGAACCAGCUCUUUCCCCACCCCCCCAUGUCUUUUCUGUUCGGCUGUGGAAUGGAAGCAAGGAAGUCCUUUUGCACUCAGCCUAUCCGGAAGGAUCAAAACUAUUCGCUAACUACCAUUCACUUGGUCAUUAGAGGCAGAGGAACAUGGGGAAACGUGUUUUGUUUAACCAAAAAAAAAAAAAGACACCCCCCCCCCCCCCCAAGAAGUGGAUCAGUCACAGCGUCUCCUUUGAGGUUUGUGCAUCGAAAUGCAGAAUUCCAGGUACCCUUGCGUUCCUGGGCAGGCUGGCAAGGAUGUUAUGAAUAUUGGUGCUUUUGUGUUGGUGAGGUUUUUUUGCUCCCGAAAAUGAAACGGACAUUGGUGGCGUGCAGACUGCUUGGGUCCAGCUGGGUUUACAGAAGCGCCCGGUGCCGGGGCCAGUCCUUCCCCACGCCCAUGCCUUUCCCCACAGUCCCACGCCCAUGCCAUCGGGGUCGUGCGCUUCGCCAGAAUUGUUCCAUAGAUGGGAUGGAAGGGGGAUUCGUUGCUCCCAGCUGGGGUCGAGUCGUUCCCCAGCCCGAAACCACCUCCCCUUUGAUUUCAGGAUAGCAAACCAAGGCAGCGAGCCAUAAUCAGCUGCCGGGGGCAUCUCGAAGCACAUCUCUGUGGACAGAAUGACCCUUGUCGGGCUCAGGAGGGUGCUUUCCAAGGUCAGAGCAGUGGUGUCCAUCCAAAGCAAUCCUUCUGUACACCGAGCUGGGAAUUCCAGCUUGGUUUUUGAGCAAUCCCAGUCAACGGGGUUGGGGGUGGGGUGGGGACAGCAGGAAGAAGACUGAGGAGUCUGAUCCAUUGGGGUGAAAUCAAACUAAGGAGGGUCUACAGAAUUUGGCCCGCCGACUGUGCAGGAAGAACUUGUGAAGGAAAUGAAGGGCUUGAUCGGGGGAAGCGGACAAGAAUGGCGAUUCUGCAACAGAUUAUAGCUUGGGGUGGGGCAACCCCCUUCCCCAGCGCUGCAACUAGAAUGCAAAAACUGACCUCCCCCCCCCUCCCCCCCGGUAUUGCUAAGGCCUAGAAAUGACCGUGACUGUCUGUAAAGGAGCAACGUAGCUUCGAUUAAAUGAUUUGUGUUGACAUUUCUUUCAGCCUGA